AUGAAAGAGCUUGAUCCUGCGCUAUACACCAUCGCAUGGAUAGCGCCUUUGGAGAUCGAGGCACAAGCAGCUCUUCAUAUGCUUGAUAAUCGCCACGAUGGAAGAUUCCCUGUCAAUCGAGGCGAUGACUAUAUCUUCUCGGCGGGUGACAUCAACGGCCAUAACAUAAUCAUCGCAACACUGCCUGCCGGCCAAGAAUAUGGAACUGGUUCAGCCGCUGCCCUUGCUAGCCAAAUCAAAAUGUUCUUCACUAACCUCUGGUGCGGUCUCCUUGUUGGAGUCGCGGCAGGUCUCCCAGAUCUACGAAAGAUACCGCCAAUUGAUAUACGGCUUGGCGAUGUGCUUGUUGGGCUAUCAGAAGGAGAAAGUGCUGGUUUAGUCGCUUAUGACUUGGGGAAAGAGACAACAGAGGGCUUUCAACUUCUUAGAUCUGGUCAGGUCCUGGCGAAUACAGAGACAGUCGUAAGAUCAGCCAUUGGCAACAUCAAGAUCAGGGCUCCGGAUGACACUGAUAUCUUUCUCCCAUUCUACAAGACUAUCAAACACAAAGAACACCCGAAGGGGACAUUUGUGGACCCUGGCCAGGAAAGGGAUAUAUUCUACGAUAUCGAUGAUGAUGGUGUUGACAGCCCCGUCCAAAGGUUGCCGCGUCCUGACGACAAGCGAACUCACGUAUGGUAUGGUUCUAUUGGAUCUGGGGACAAAUUAACGAAAAAUUCGCUCAAGCGCAAUGAGAUACGGGAUCGUUAUGGGGUGAUCGGCUUGGAGAUGGAAGCUGCAGGGACCAUGAAUCGCAUACCUGUUGGCGUGAUUAGAGGUGUUUGCGACUAUGCCGACCAGCACAAGAACAAAGAGUGGCAGCCUUAUGCUGCUGCCAUGGCCGCAGCGUAUGCGAAAGCUGUGAUUUACGAAUUAGGCCCGGGUCAAGUGAUUCCGAGCUCCAGUAUGACGAAUGAGGGGAAACAUGCCCUUUGCGGCACUAUCUUAUGUGACCUUCCGCCGACCACAGACCGUUUCUUCGGACGGGAAUCUGAACUAAUGGAGAUGGUCGAAUACCUCGAGGCCACAGACCAGCGGAGAGGCGUGGUCCUGUGUGGUAUAUCUGGGUCUGGCAAGACACAGUUGGUUCGCGAGUAUGUGGCACAGCGAAGUGGAAAUUUCUCUGCGAUCUUAUGGGUUGAUGCAUCCUCAGAGGAGAGCAUAGAAGAGUCCUUUUCAGACUGCUCAAGCCGUAUUUGCCAACACAACCCUGAAUACCGAGUGGGGAGAGAAAGCACACCGCCACGUCAACUUGUUCUAGAAUGGCUUCGGACAACGCCCGACAAGAACUGGUUGACUGUGAUCCAUAAUGCGAAUGGUCCUAUCCCGAACAAACGCCUAUUGGGGCCGUUUAUGGAUAUGAAUCAUGGUUCUUUAUGCGUUGUUUCGACAAAUCAAGUCACAGCAAGAGCUGUGCGACUCAGACAAAUCCUUGUUGAGCAUCUUGACGCCAGGGCAUCUCAGUCGCUUCUCCUGUGGAGAGCUUACGAGAAUGACACGGAAUACGAAGCAGAUGGCAAGAACUCGGCCAGCCGUACGGCCAAGCUUCUUGGUGGGUUUCCUUUGGCUCUUGAGCUCGCGGGUGUUCUCCAUCAACGAGGGAUAGUACCCCUACAUGAAGUUGCCACACACUUCACGAACGAUUACCCAGAACUUGCUCAGUUUGAGAUUGACUCUGGGCUAGUCAGCUUGGGGGAUGUUGAUGACCAGAGCCCCUGGAAGCAGUUGCAAACUCUGAUUCAGAGCAAAUUCAAGCUCAACAGGGCUAUCGAUGAGCUAAGCAAAAUCUUCCUCGCAACCAAGAAGCAAGCAAACGACAAUACUCUGCUAUCAUUCUCCCUCCAUUCUUCCAUCUGCCAGUGGAGACUCGCUACCAUGGAAGACCGGGACACCUGGAUCAUUCAAGCAACUUACAGUCUUUCAAAACAUAUUCUAUCAUUGCAGCACAAAGGCCACGUCUUCAGGUUCUACAAUUUAUUCAACAGGUGUCUAAACUUACUCUGGCAGCAUAUCGACACACAACAUAUCAGCAUUUAUGGGAAAUUCGCUGAAGCAUACUUUACGAUAUGUCUAUGCGGUGCCGAUGUUUACCUUGCAAUGGGAAAGUCUGAAAUUUCGAAAACACUCUUUGCUUCGGCAAUCGACUACAUUCGGCCGUCAGGCCCCGGUGACCCAGAUGAGAGCAUCAUUCUACGGCUUCUCGUUGGCUUGGCAAGAACUUGUGAGAAUAUAGGAGACUUCGAAGUGGCCGAAGAGGCUCUAUUGUCUGCUGUUUCUAUCUCGGAGCGCUUGAAUGGCCACAUGCAUGACCAGACAGCUGAUCUGGUUUCACGACUCAAGACACACAGGCCUAAACAUGCGGAAGCAAUGACUUCUAACUCGGACCCCCCCUCUGAGGUUAAGAACGAAGAACUUGGUACAAGGGAUGACCUUAUCCCCAUUGCCAGCCCUUCUUCCGCGACAACGGCGACUUGGCCAAAGCUGGCUUGGGAACUUCGCUUUAACCAGACUCUUCUCGUCUUUAGCUUGCAAGACAACGGUAAUGGCCAGCCAAUUAUAUCGGAUGCUUUUCCAAAGACGAUUCAGGGGAGGCUGAACAUCGUGACGUACGAAAACGUUGAAAUUGAGGAGAUCAGCCUUAUAAUAUCUACUUUUGGAUGGACCCCAAAGAAUUCGAAAGGGCAGGAAAGUCGACGACCACGAUUUUGUAAAAACGAGUGGAGGCUUCAAUUCUGCGAUGCUACCACAUCCGAUACAGACUUUGGAGCCAGCUGCACUUUCACACUGGACAAUGAGAACUAUCAAGAAGGUUUCAGGAAACCUGAGGAUAAUGGUGCCCCUGUAAAAGAUCAUGUUACCUUCCCACCAGGUUCCUACAGCUACUCAUUCGAAUUGCCUAUUGAUUGUCUUCCCAUCCAUGCCGAGAAACCUAUCUAUGGCGACAUGGAUUGGGAAAUAGAUGCUGUCAUGGAUCUCCCUGGCGAUCAUAGCGUUUCGAUGGGAAAAAGACUACCGUCUGUUCGAAUUCCGCAUCAACUAAUGACGAGAAAAGCUGCGGACACUCACUUAUCUAGACAGCAGAAUGAUGGAGUUUCUUUCUGUGUGAACUUGCCGUAUGAAGCUUCCGUAAUUGGCGGCAAGCUUCUUAUCACAGUCACUCUCGGCCCCGUUAACAAUGGUCUUCGAGCUGACUACUUGACUUACUCCAUUGUACAGAGACGCAAACAGUGGAUAAAGGAUCGCGAAAAUGAAAAAGCAGAUGAACGAAAGUUUGUGCUUUUGGAAACAUUCACACUUGAGGAGUCGACCGCGGCGCGAGACAAGACGGAUGGGGAAGAUACAAGGUCCUCCUGUGAUAGUGAUGCAUCCCCCAAGUCAUUGUUCGAGGAAAGGCACCUACCGAGUCUAGAUCCUGAAGAGCCAAUUUCUAUCUCUGAUGAUCUCAUGUUGCCAACUUGUAAGCAGAUAGGCGCUGGAAGGCGGGUGGGCCAGAAACCUUUGACGAUGUCUUCCAAAACUCCAUUCGAGGAAACAGAACACUUCAUUGAGGUCACAGUGGGCGGAUCACGUCCUAAUUCAAAGAUUUCAGGAUCGCGUAUUCAACUAGAGACGACUGAGGAGAUUCCUAUCACGAUUAUUGACUGUAGACUUACGCACAGGAGUGACCUCCCGAUACACAUUGCAGCUUAUAGGCCGUCGGUCACAGGCAACAAAAGAACAUUCUGUGGCUGCCCGGACGCAGCCAAUCUCGAAGAAGAAUCUCUCGAUUGGAAAUUUGACCGAUUACUCGACAUAGAGACGUCUGUGUACACAAGGAAGGUAUAUGGUGGAAGUGAAGAUGACGUUCGACGAGAGAAUGCGAGGCUUGAGGAAUUAUGGAAUCGGCCGAUUCAGAGCCCCAGCAAGCCUAAUGAUUAG